AUGGACCAGGAAUUACCAGAUGUACAAGCUGGGUUCCGCAGCAUCUACUUCUGCUUCAUAAACUAUUCUAAAGCCUUUGACUGUGUGGAUCACAACAACAUGUGGCAAGUUCUUAAAGAGAUGGGAGUACCAGAUCAUCUCAUCACCCUCCUGAGGAAUCUGUACGUGGACCAAGAAGCCACGGUCAGAACCAAACAUGGGACAACAGAAUGGUUCAAGAUCGGAAAAGGAGUGCAACAAGGUUGUAUGUUGUCACCUUAUUUAUUUAACUUAUAUGUGGAAUACAUGAUACAUAAGGCUGGGCUGGAUGAAUCCAAAGCUGGAAUCAAUAUUGCUGGACGAAAUAUCAACAACCUCAGAUAUGCGGAUGAUACUACUCUGGUGGCUGAAAGUAAGGAAGAACUAAAGGACCUGUUGAUGAGAGUAAAAGAAGAGAAUGCAAAAGCUGGCUUGUUGCUUAACGUUAAAAAGACUAAGAUCAUGGCAAACAGCAAUCUUAGUUCCUGGCAAAUAGAUGGGGAAGAAGUGGAGGCAGUUACAGAUUUUAUUUUCCUGGGAUCAAAGAUCUCUUCAGAUGGUGACUGUAGUCAUAAAAUUAAAACACGUUUGCUUCUGGGGAGGAAAGCUAUGGCAAGCUUGGACAAGCUGGUAAAAACUGAAGAUAUUACACUAUCAACAAAGGUCCGCAUAGUCAGAACUAUGGUAUUCCCAGUAGUAACAUACGGAUGUGAGAGCUGGACUAUAAAAAAGGUUGAGCGUUGUAGAAUUGAUGCCUUUGAACUGUGGUGUUGGCGAAAACUGCUUAGAAUCCCUUGUAUUGCAAGAAGAUCCAAUAAAUCCAUACUACAGGAAAUCAAGACAAACUGUUCACUGGAAGCUAUGAUCAUGAGGCUGAAGCUCAACUAUUUUGGCCAUAUAAUGAGAAGGCAGGAUUCUCUAGACAAGACUCUGAUGCUGGGAAAGAUUGAAGGCACACAAAGAAGGGGACGACAGAGACGAAGAUGGAUAGAUGAGGUCACUGAAGCCACGAACAUGAAGUUGUUGGAGCUCAGAGGGGCAGUAACGGAGAGUCGGUGA